UUUUUUGUUUCCCUCGCCAUCAUGGCUUCGUCACUCGCUUUGUUGUGUUUAUCAGUCAAUCUUUUACCCUCUAUCUUCGUCGCAGCCUCGAAUCAUGGAAGUCUCCACAUCCGAGAUGUAAUUCCAUCCGAUAUGAUGGAUGCUUAUGGGGGCUAUGAACUGGUUCACCUUGAAGAACGUGAUGGUGAAGAUGUUGUGUACAUUCAGGAGCGUGCAGAUAAGACAAAGCCUGCCAGUAACGCCAAACCUUCGACUUCGUCUACCCCAGCCCAAGCUUGCAGAGAUUGCGAUUGGUUCACACCCUGGAAAUCUUCAGACCUUCAAAACGAUGGCGAUGAGAUCUUCUCUAAGAGGGACCUUCUGCUCGGCGGCAACGAUUCACCUUCGGAGUCUCUGGUGGCUCGUGGAAAGCACAAGGCUGGAAAAAACUCUAAAUGGAAAGAGAAUGUCUGUGGGUCGGCUGCUGCAGGUGUUGCUGAACUGAAUUUUGGACCGUACAACUGGCCCACCAACAAAGACAUGGAAAAGACAAAGCAAAUCUACGAUUUCAAUCCAUUUGAUGAUCCUUUGUCUUCCGGCUACUAUGAACUCAAACUCAACAAUGCUGUCCAAAUGCGACCCGGUAAAACAAAUCGCGGUGUGUCAGUUGAGCACAUCCUCGAAUGGCAAGUCUUCCUUGACUUCGUCAGGGGUGACGCGGAUCGUUGCACUCAUUUUGCGAAGUACUUCCAGGAAGUGGUACGCGUCGAUGUCACUCUAGAUAGUGGAAAACUUAUCCAAGGAAAAGAAAGGGCAAUCGACUACCUUGCUCACCAGUACCCCGGAAACCAAAAAGACACACUCUUCGGACAGACGUUCGUUGACGAAUUCGUCAGUCUUCACGAUGGUGUGAAUGGUCGUAAGAUGGUGCUCUGGAGCGGUGGCGAUCUUAUUGCUUCGUCAGUAUGGAACCGUUGGAACGCAGGAAAAUCGGACAAAACGGGCAAGGCCGCCGCAGCAAAUGAGAAUCUGUGUGAAGCUGUUACAGCCGUACGAGAUCUCAUUGGUGUGAUCAGAUACCAUACGGAUGCGAACGUGGAGAAGAUCCUGAAAGCUCAGAUUGCUCGUAUCGGAGUGGCUCUGGAGUAUUUGGAGAAAAAAGACGGUCCCUUGAGCAAAAUCGACUACAUCUUUGACCCCGCUAACCCAGCGACGAUCUCCAAAUAUGAAGCGAUGAAGGAGGGUUCUCUAAAAUCACAAUGGGAUACUUACAUCAAGGAGUUGCAUGCUUCAGUGGUCAAGAGUCUGGACGACAAGCUUGAGAAGUAUGUCAACAAUCUGGAAGCUGCCGCAAAGAAAUCGGGAGUGAAGCGAAGCCUUGUCAAGCCGGACAGAAGAGGUGCAGGAAACCCCAAUGGCCCUCUAUGUGGGCAGGAAGCAGACAAAGCGAAGAUGAAGAAGCGGAUUGAUCUCCUUGUUGCUGAGUACAACAAGGUCAAGGGUACCUGGAAGAGCCCGUACUAG